UAGACUAUGAGAUCAAUCUACGGAGUAAAUUAUUCAUCUCAUACAACGCGAUAUUAUACUCCGAGACUCAAAGUUGUGUAACAUGUUUACAAUUUACAUCCACCUACAGUCUCCAAGUUUUAAAGAAUGGGCCGGGCUUCCAUCUUCGGCGGGCCCAUGGCUCAUGAGAGAAGCCGAAGAAGCCUCUCCUCAAAAAAUCGUGUGGCGGACAAACGAGAUAGCCCUUUGCCUAUCUCCCUCUCUCCCCUCCACAUUUCCACACAAAAGAUCAGAGAAAUCAAAAAGAAUCCCCUCUCCAAUCCACAGAAACAACCCAAUUUCUUCUCCGGCCAAUCGGUGUCUCCUCCGGCAAUCCGCCAUGGCUAACAUGAUCAUGGCCUCCUCCAAGCCCUUGCUCUUCUCUCCUCCCCCCACCGUCGCCGCCGCGGCCAAGCCAAAACUCCCCAAAUUCUCCCUCCCAGUCAACAGCAACAAAUCGGCCCAAUCCCAAAUCAUCUCCGCCUUCAAACCGGCCUCCCUGCUCGCCACAAUCUCCCUCUCCGCCGCCGCAUUAGCUCCGCCGUCUCUGGCAGUGGAGAUCGAGAAGGCCGCUUUGUUCGACUUCGACCUCACCCUCCCCAUCAUGAUGGCGCAGUUCCUGCUCCUCAUGGUGGGGCUCGACAAGGUCUACUACUCCCCGCUCGGGAAGUUCAUGGACCAGAGGGACGCCGCCAUCAAGGAGAAGCUGAACAGCGUGAAGGACACUUCGACGGAGGUGAAGCAGCUGGAGGAGCAGGCGGCGGCGGUGAUGAGGGCGGCGAGGGCGGAGAUAUCGGCGUCGCUGAACAAGAUGAAGAAGGAGAUCCAGGAUGAGCUGGAGGAGAAGCUCAAGGAAGGGAGGAAGAAGGUGGAAGGGGAGCUCCAGGAGGCGCUGGCGAAGCUGGAGAAGCAGAAGGAAGAGACGAUCGUGUCGCUGGAUGCCCAGAUUGGCGCUCUCAGUGAUGAUAUUGUAAAGAAGGUCAUUCCUGGGUAUGUCAAAUCAUAAUCUGAUGAUUUUAGGUUUCGCCAAGAUCCCACAAGUUUCAAUUGUAUGAAUCAAUACUCUUUUCCUAUCUUUCUCAAGACUGUUUCUCUGUAAGUUGCCCUAUAUAAUGUGAUGAAUCAGUUGUGUCAAGGGAAUAAGGUAUGCAUCCAUGGAUAGGGUUCCAUUAGCUCUGUGAACAGGGUAGCUCGUCCCUGUCAACGAGCUAAUCCAUGUAUCCUAAGUUCAACAUCUACCCUUCUACACACUCUAAAUCUUGGCUUUGGCUUCAUCAUUCUCAUUGAGCUGACCAGAAUUGCUAUACCAAAUUACCAAUUUGUGAGUUUGAGUGGUGUCCUGCUUCUCCCCGUCGAGUUUUUUUGUGGCAGGCUCGGAGGAAAACGAGAGGAAUCGAAAUCAGUAGGGGGAAAGACGAGAAAUAAACCUAAGUAAGAAGAAUAGAUGUAGAUUAGAUUG